UUUUAUUGGCAAAAUGUGGUAUUGGUGAAAUAUGAAUUCAUUGUUAUCUCUUUAUUAUUUUAUUUUUUGCAGUUUUUUGUUGUUUUUUAUUCAAAUUUUCUUCAAAUUUUCUUCAAUUUCUUCGUUUUUUUCAGUUUUUUCAGUCAAUUUUUCAAUUUUGCAUUUAUAAUGAUGUUUAAUCGUCUUCAACUUGCCUCACGUUCUUUCGCAACCGCUUCCACUAUCAAAAAUGUUACAAUUAUAGGGAGUGGUCUUAUGGGAUCGGGAAUUGCUCAGGUCAGCGCUCAGGCAAACAUGAACGUUACUUUAGUCGACCAAACUCAAGCAAUAUUGGACAAAUCAAUUAAAGGAAUAGAAUCUAGUGUAAAAAGGGUUGCCAAGAAGCAGUAUGAAAGUGACGAAAAGCAACAAAAAAAUUUAAUUGACAAAGUUUUAAAAAAUAUUGCGGUGUCGACAAAUGUUGCCGAGGCUGUUUCUAAAGCUGAUUUGGUUAUUGAAGCUAUUGUGGAAAAUGUGGAGGUGAAACAAAAUUUGCUUGAUAGAGUGGAGAAUGCUGUUAAGAGUGGAACAAUCUUGGCCACAAACACUUCAUCUUUAAAAUUGGCGGAUAUUGCAGCAAAUUUAAAACACAAGGAACUUUUUGGUGGACUUCACUUUUUCAAUCCCGUUCCUGUUAUGAAAUUGCUUGAGGUUGUAAAAUUUGACCAAACUAGUGAAGACACAUUUCAACGCCUUAUGAAAUUUGGAAAGGAUAUUGGAAAAGUCACCGUUGUUUGCAAGGACACUCCCGGAUUUAUUGUCAACCGCCUUCUUGUCCCGUACAUGUUGGAAGCAAUUCGAAUGUUUGAUAGAGGAGACGCUAGCAAAGAGGAUAUCGAUUUGGCAAUGAAGUUGGGGGCUGGUUAUCCUAUGGGACCGUUUCAAUUGUCUGAUUAUGUUGGGUUGGAUACAACACAAUUUAUUGUUAAAGGAUGGCAUGAAAAGUACCCAAAUGAACCUUUAUUCCAACCCAUUGCAACCUUGGACAAACUUGUAGCUGAAGGCAAGUUGGGUGUUAAGAGUGGAGAAGGUUUUUACAAAUACAGCAAGAAAUAA